GCCUUGCUCAGUAUUGUCACCACCCCCAACCACUCUAUCACUUCCCUGUUGCCGUAGAACAACUCAGGGCAUGUCGCACAGCGAAGACGGCGGCUGCGUAGCUAUCACUAAAACCGGUUCACUGGAAUGGCCGGAAGAUCUCGAGUACAUGACCGGAUUUGGAAACAGCUUUUCAUCCGAAGCGCUUGCUGGUGCUUUGCCUGAGGGACAGAACAACCCCCUUUUUUGCCCAUUUGGCCUUUACGCGGAGCAGAUCUCCGGUACGGCCUUCACUUCUCCACGACGCCUAAAUCAGAGGAGCUGGUUUUAUCGGAUAAGGCCUUCUGUUACACAUGAGCCGUUUCAAGCUCGUAAACCUCGCCAUGAUAAAAUACUCAGCGAGUUUAAUCAGGAUAAUUGUUCUUUCACGCCUAAUCAGCUGAGGUGGAGGCCCGUUGAUUUCCCUGAGUCUCCCACUGAUUUUAUCGACGGGAUGUACACCAUGUGCGGAGCGGGAAGCUCUUUUCUUAGACAUGGUUUUGCUAUUCACAUGUAUGCUGCAAACAAGUCCAUGGAGGGUUGUGCCUUUUGCAAUGCUGAUGGGGAUUUCUUAUUAGUUCCACAAACAGGAAGAUUGUGGAUUACAACUGAAUGUGGGAGGCUGCAAGUCUCUCCUGGUGAAAUAGUAGUUGUUCCUCAAGGUUUCCGAUUUUCUGUGGGCUUGCCUGAUGGUCCGUCUCGUGGUUAUGUUGCUGAAGUUUUUGGAACUCACUUUCAACUCCCUGAUCUUGGUCCUAUUGGUGCAAAUGGCCUAGCCUCUCCAAGGGACUUUUACGUCCCCACAGCUUGGUAUGAAGAUGAAGCUCACAUUGGUUAUACAAUUGUCCAAAAGUUUGGUGGAGAUCUUUUCACUGCAAAACAAGAUUUUUCUCCGUUUAAUGUGGUUGCUUGGCAUGGGAAUUAUGUGCCUUAUAAGUAUGAUCUCAGCAAAUUUUGUCCGUUCAAUACAGUUCUGUUUGAUCAUGGCGAUCCUUCGAUUAACACAGUGCUUACAGCUCCAACUGAUAAGCCUGGCGUUGCUUUACUUGAUUUUGUCAUCUUCCCGUCUCGUUGGGUUGCUGCUGAGCACACAUUUUGCCCUCCAUAUUAUCAUCGCAAUUGCAUGAGCGAGUUUAUGGGCUUGAUAAAUGGUAGAUAUGAGGCAAAGGCAGAGGGCUUUCUCCCUGGAGGGGCUACCAUCCAUGCUUGCAUGACUCCCCAUGGACCUGACAAUACGACCUAUGAGAAAGCGAUUGAACGUGGUGAGGAUGCGGGGCCUUACAAAAUAAAGGAUGCCCUUGCAUUCAUGUUCGAGUCUUCACUGCUUCCUCACAUCUGCACAUGGUCUCUGGAGUCUCCUUAUAGGGAUGCAGACUACUACCAGUGCUGGAUUGGUUUAAAAUCUCACUUCUCAACAGAAAAUGGUAGGAAACUUGUCCAGUUUUGAUACAGCUGGGUUUGGAUAUGACGCAACUCGUAUGGUGUGUGUAUAGGUGAUUGUAGGCAGUAAAGGGUAUGCCCAGUUCUUGGAAAAUGAUGGUGGAUUUCGGACUCCCAGACCUACGAAGCGGAAGAGAAUGCUUAGUGGAUGUGUGAUUGGAUUUUAAAAUGAAGUUCUGGAUGCUCAAGAAGAGCAUACUAGAGUUAUUGAAAAUUGUAUUCUUAUCAAUCUUUAUUUUUUUUUGGGAGCUUUUAGAGCAAGAAUGGCAUAAAAAGCACGAACAAUUAACCUAAA